AGAGUUCCUAACCGCUUCUCUCUUCCUCUUUGCCCUCUAAUUCUCUCUCUCUCUCUCUUUCCAUCUCUCUCUCCUCCCUAAACCAAGUACAGGGAUAGUUGUCUCAUUGUUAGUGGCUUAAAAUGAUGCUUUUGAACAAGAGGAUGCUGGGUGCUUUCGGUGACUAGUACCAUUCCCACUUUUUUCUUUUGAAUUUCUGAGCUAUUAUUUACCAGCUCAUUCUUUUAUUCUCAUGGCUACUAAAGCCACACAAUUGCUUUCUUUCCUAGGUCCUUAAGCCCUUUGCUGAUGUUUCUUUCUGAGCAUUUCCAAAGCUGGGGUUCUAGGAGAGUUUGGCGCGUCUGAACGGCUGACCCAUGAAAUAAUGGAGUAGGGCAGGCGGGGUGGAGAGCAGGGCCAGCCAUCAAUAGAAGAGUGACCCCCUCUACACACACGGCCAGCUAAUUGGCCAUUGUGGGAAAGUCUGGGAGGAGAAGGGGGGCUGCUGAGAAUCUCUAGUGACAGUUAAGUGGCCUUUGUAGACAGAACAUCUUUGUUGGAUUUUGGCUUGGAAUCUUCCCACUUCUUUCAGAUUUUCUGUUAGAUUCAUCCUGUAUCAUUCAGGCCCCAUCUUUUGCUUCGUUCUUUCAAGAUGACUACUUUGUGUACUGGCCUCUUCUUUGUUCUUCCUGUUCCCAAACAGUAAGGAGACUGUGUAGGGCUCCUGUAGGACCGAUAAAUGAGCUUUGCUGUUUGUUGAGAACUAUACAAACGACUGUCAUGGCCUUCAUGUCCUGCAGAAAUUGCUCAACCUGUCUCAGUGGAGUGGUGCCUACCUUAUGAUGGAGACAAGGCAUCCUGACUGAAUCCCUUCUCAUACACAAUAUAUAUUUCCUUUGUCUCACUCCCCCUUGACCUUCCCUGUUGCAACAGGAGUACAGGCCUGUGGCUAAGAGUUAAUGCCUCCUAGAUAAUAAGACACCACGUGUCACGGGCUUCACCAAGCCGAUUCAUCCAUGUUGUCUCAUGUAACACCCCAGGUCUCCUGUGAGGUAGGGAGGGAAGGUAUUUUCAACACCACCUGACUGGCGAGUCAGCUCACUAUGAUUAGAGCAGGUCACAGGCCCAGCAAUUCCAUUACACAGGGGCUGAGCACCCCGUUCUCUGGCCUGGGACCUGGGACCCUUCAGUGAUGCUUACUCUCUUCUGUGUAAGAAGCAUAGGCUUGGUGGUGGUGUCAGUGCAUGGAGAGGGGAUUAGGGCAGAAGAGCAGUUGUGUAGAGGGGACAGCUUAGAGCCACUAGCUACCUCUCUUUCUCUGGAGAUGCAGGAUUUGAUGCUCGUGAGGAGGUUGGCGCGGGGAAUCUCCUCCCCAUCCUACAGAGGAAAGAAAAGCUAAGGGCCCGGCCUGCUGGUCUUUAGAUGCUGUGCUGUCGUGAGGCCUAGGCCAUGGCCAAGCCGGAAGAAAGCCCUUGAAGUUUGCCUGGAGAAAGAAGCAUGCAAGGCCCCCUAAGAGGAGGAACAGGUCCUGGGCUGUCCCCUGUGGACAGACGGACACUUCUGAUCUGCACUUUUAUCCUGGCUGUAGCUUGGGGCCAAAUGAAUUUCACAGGAGACCAGGUUCUUCGAAUCCUGGCCAAAGAUGAGAAGCAGCUGUCACUUCUCAGGGAUCUGGAGGGCCUGAAGCCCCAGAAGGUGGACUUCUGGCGUGGUCCAGCCAGACCUAGCCUCCCUGUGGACAUGAGAGUCCCCUUCUCUGAACUACGUGAUGUCAAAGCUUAUCUGAAGUCUCACGGCCUUGCUUACAGCGUCAUGAUAAAGGAUAUCCAGGUGCUGCUGGAUGAGGAGAGAGAUGCCAUGGCGAGGUCCCGCAGGCUGGAGCGCAGCACCAGCAGCUUCAGCUACUCUUCUUAUCACACUCUGGAGGAGAUAUAUAGUUGGAUUGACAACUUUGUAGCUGAACAUUCUAAUCUUGUCUCCAAAAUUAACAUUGGCAACAGCUUUGAAAAUCGGUCCAUUCUCGUCCUGAAGUUCAGCACUGGAGGUUCAAAUCGCAAGGCUAUCUGGAUCGACACUGGGAUCCAUUCCCGAGAGUGGAUCACCCAUGCCACCGGCAUCUGGAUCUCAAAUAAGAUUGUCAGUGCAUAUGGCAAAGACCAUCUCUUGAAGAAAAUACUGAAUGCAAUGGACAUUUUCAUUGAGAUUGUCACCAACCCUGAUGGCUUUGCUUUUACUCACAGCAUGAAUCGCUUGUGGCGAAAAAACAAGUCAAGUCAACCUGGCAUCGCCUGCAUUGGCGUCGACCUCAACAGGAAUUGGAAGACGGGCUUCGGAGGAAAUGGUUCUAACAGAAACCCCUGCUCAGAGACUUAUCGAGGGCCCGCACCUCAGUCAGAGCCAGAGGUAGCUGCAAUUGUAGAAUUCAUCACAGGCCAUGGGAACUUCAAAGCACUGAUCUCCAUCCACAGCUACUCUCAGAUGGUCAUGUAUCCUUAUGGCUACUCUCUGGAGCCUGUGCCAAACUAUGAGGAGCUGUUCAAUCUGGCCAAGGACACAGUGAAGGCUCUGCAUAAGGUGCACGGGAUCCAGUACACUUUUGGCAGCAUCAGUGCCACCCUCUAUGCAGCCAGUGGGAUCACGGUGGAUUGGGCUUAUGACAGUGGCAUCAAGUAUGCCUUCAGCUUCGAGCUCCGGGACACUGGACAAUACGGCUUCCUGCUGCCAGCUUCCCAGAUCGUUCCCACAGCCCAGGAGACAUGGAUGGCGAUCCGGACCAUCAUGAAACACACCCUGAAUCACCCCUAUUAGCCACAUUGCUCGGGCCAGAGCAGUUGGGGUUUACCCCUUUCCCCAAGGCCUGGGACUCCUCUUGAAUCCCAAGUUACGCAUCCCCUCCCCACACUCUUGUUGAAACCUUUGAAAAUAGAAGCGAGUUUGAACAGCC